UCUGAUUUUUAUAUCCUUUGCAAGAUAAGACUCGAUCCUAUCGAGGUGUACUUUGUCAUCAAGCGUGCAACUGCAAGAUCCCCCGCUAGAUAAGGAUAAGCGAUACGGUGAGCGUGAGGGUCGUGGAUCGAGAAUGGCGAGGGCGCACGCCGUGGUGGUGCCCUACCCGGGCUCCGGCAACAUCAACCCGGCGCUGCAGCUCGCCAAACUGCUCCACCGCCACGGCGUCUACAUCACCUUCGUCAACACCGAGCACAACCACCGCCGCGUGCAGGACACCGAGGGCGCCGGCGCCGUGCGGGGGCGCGAGGGCUUCCGCUUCGAGGCGAUCCCCGACGGCCUGUCCGAGGCCGACCGCGGCAAGCAGGACUACGGCCGCGGCCUGUCCGUGUCCAUGAGCACGCGCUGCGCGGCGCCGCUUAGGGACCUCAUCGCGCGGCUCAACGGCACGCCCGGCGUGCCGCCGGUCUCGUGCGUGCUGCCCACGAUGCUGAUGAGCUUCGCGCUGGGCGUGGCGCGGGAGCUCGGGAUCCCGACCCUGGCGUUCUGGACUGGAAGCGCCGCCGCGCUGAUGACCCACAUGAGGCUCCGGGAGCUCGAGGAACGAGGAUACGUGCCACUCAAGGAUCAGAGCUUCUUGACGAACGGCUACCUCGAGAAGACGGUCAUCGACUGGAUCCCCGGCAUGCCGCCGAUCCGCCUCGGUGACUUCUCCAGCUUCCUCCGCACCACCGACCCGAACGAUUUCGGCCUCCGCUUCAACGAAUCAGAGGCCAACAAGUGCACCCAGGCCGGCGCCCUCAUCCUCAACACCUUCGACGGCCUCGAGGCCGACGUCCUCGCCGCGCUCCGAGCCGAGUACCCGCGCAUCUACACCAUCGGGCCUCUAGGCUCCAUGCUCCGGCGUGGUGCCACUGCCGCCGCCGGUGAAGACGAUGGCGAAUCGACCGGGCUAAGCCUGUGGAAGCAGGACACCGAGUGCCUGGCGUGGCUGGACACGCAGGAGCCGCGCUCCGUCGUGUACGUCAACUUCGGCAGCCACACUGUGCUGACGCCGGAGCAGCUGGCCGAGUUCGCGUGGGGCCUCGCGGCGAGCGGCCACGUGAUCCUAUGGUGCAUCAGGGACAACCUUCUCCGCGGCGGCGGCGGCGGCAUGGCCGUGCUGCCGCCGGAGUUCACGGCCGAGACGGCGGGUAGGUGCCGCGUGACCCCGUGGUGCCCGCAGGAGCAGGUGCUGCGGCACCCGGCCGUGGGGUGCUUCCUGACGCACAGCGGGUGGAACUCGACGUGCGAGACCGUGGCCGCCGGCGUGCCGAUGGUGUGCUGGCCGGGGUUCUCGGACCAGUACACCAACUGCAAGUACUCCUGCGAGGUGUGGGGUGUCGGCGUCCGGCUGGACGCCGAGGUCAGGAGGGAGCAGGUCGCCAUGCACGUCAGGGAGGUGAUGGGGAGCGAGGAGAUGCAGAGGAACGCGGCCAAGUGGAAGGAGGAGGCGGAGGCGGCGACCGGCCCCGGCGGGUCGUCGUUUGAGAAUCUACUGAGCAUGGUGAGAGCGCUCAGUAACCCACCCAACUCAGAAGACUGAUGAGCUCAAGGAUCAGUACUAAUUACAGAUUUACACUUCGACUGAAACACAAGCCUAAAGUGUUGGCUUUGUCAGUAAAAGUGUUACUCUGUUGCCUCAAAUAAAAUUGGCAUGCUUCUGUUGGUCGAUUUUCCACAAUGUUGGGUUAAUUUGGUCGUGAUUGAGAAUUAUGUGCCAGCUGCGCCAUGCCCGCAUUUGAGAGAUCAUGACAAAUAAUAAAAGGAUGUGUUGCUUCAUGGGGGGCAUCAUGAUUA